AUACCUUUUUAUUUUUUUUUUUUUUGGUUUUAGCAUGCAAAGUGUUUUUCCCCAUACCCAUUAUCAUUCUUUUUAUUUCAGUAUAAACGGUUGACCAGACGGCAGCCCAAGUGAGAUGGACGCACCAUUAGGGAUCUUGGUGGAUUCUGUUGAUCAUCCCUGCUGGGUGAUUCCCAAUUAAUAUUUCUAUGAAGAUCAAUUCCUUCCAAUUUAUUUUGUGAUGAUUGUGAAAAAUCAACUUUAAGUGGUAUUUCUUCAGGAAGAUGGAAAGAGCAAGCAGUUAUGAUAUUAAUUUAAAUGAAAGUAGCUGUAGAAAAUCUUCAGAGAUGUUACAUAUUGAUGAAGUCGUGAAGAUCAGUGAAAAUGAAGAUACUUGCAACACUGAUGAUACAAGUACUGAAAUUAUUGGGAAAAAACUCAACACUGGAAAUGAUGAUUUUACUAGUGUAACAUUUAACUUUAACAUGUCAGCUGAUAAAAUUGGAGGCCAUUCUUUUUUGGAAUCAAAAUUUUCAAAUAAAUCUGAUAAACUUACCAUCAACGAGGGAUUGAAAAAUUCCAGUGCAGUGCCUACUUCAGACAACCCAAAAAACCAUUUACCCAACCCAGCACCUUUCUCUCACAGGUCUGAAAGUCAUUCAUGCAUUCGAUCUAUGGCCUCAAAUUCACCAUCUCUAGAUUCCCACUCAAGUUCAACUAUUAAUCAGCACUCUAUAUGUGGGGAUAGUAAAAUUUUGAAUGGUUGCAAUUUCUUGGCAUGCAUGUCAGAAGAGCAAGAAAUUGAGGUUCAUAUUACCGGAAUUGAGGAUCGCGUUUUGCCGAGUGAAGAUCAAAAAUGUGAUCAGAUCCGCACCCUGUCUUUAGAUGAUAUGGUUAUUAAUAAUGGUUUGGCUGUGGAUGUAGAUUCAAGCAUUAUUAAUUGUAGACAAAAUACACCAAUGGCUGUUUCAUGCUCAGAUUUAGUGUCAACAAAUUGUACAGAUUCCACUUCCAAAGACUUAGUUGCUGAUCAAUUUAAACCAAGCUUCAUUCUCUCUAAUGAUGUUGAAGAAAAAUCUCCAUGGUUUGCUCAAAAGUUAUAUGGUUCAAACACAAUGAAAGAUUGUGUGAACUCUAGUGGAAAAAUUGUCUCCAAAGUAACUCCUUUAGAUUUUCACGUUUCCUCUAAUUUCUGCACUUGUGAUCAGUGCUCUUCACAAGGGCUACAAAGGACAAAUUUGAUUAGUGAAGCUUCUUGCAAAAUGAGACUCUCUGAUAUUUCCUUCUUUACUGAAGCCUCUGAAACCAUUACCAAGCAAUCCAUUAAUAGUGAGCCUAGUGUACGUGAUAAAAAGUUUGUUGUCAAGGCUGGAACAUCUAUCAGCAGGAAUGGAGAUGAGAAGAAUAGUCCAAAUAAGAGCAUGAAGUCUUGUGGUGUCGAAUGUCAUGUUGAAAUAAUAGAUAGUCCCGAAAGUUACCAGUCUAGUUUACAUUUUUCUGAACAUAAUCCUACGAGCAAAAGUUCUUUCCUACAAAACCAUUAUUGUCAAUCAGUUGAUGGAUUGGGCAAGAUUUAUGGGAGAUGUUGUAAAGGCCGCAAGAGUGAAUCAUUUAAUUCUACUGAGGCCAAGGCUUAUAUCCCUGAAAAUGUUAUUGAUCUUUCUGCUUUUCAAACGGUGGAUUUAUUAAAUGCCAAUAAAGGUGUUUCGACGGAAAAGGAUUCACUCAGGCUGAUAGACGAUUGCAAAUGCUUGGAAAUGCAAUCGCGUCAUUCAACUCCUGACCAUGAUGCGGUCAGCGAGGAUCCUUCUAUCAAGUAUCUCUUCAAGCAUCAAACGUCUUCUGCCAGUCAAAAGAUUCAUGGAGCCACCAAUCAUGUGUGCUGUGAUGCGUCUUCGCCUAAAGUGAGGCCGAAUAUUGAUCAUAAUUCGAACUGUGAUGCUGACGAGCGAGCUCUGGAUGUUGCUUCGACACAACAUUGCUAUCAUUAUCACAACAUGACUCGUCCUGCUGAAAACAUUCUAUCUAGUUCCUUGAACUUCAACACUCGGUCAAACCUGCAGUGCAGUGAUAGGUACUGUCAGUCACACACGGGCUGGCCUUUAUCGAGGGUUGAUGGUUCCAGGUUCAACUUCAAUGACGACUGCAAGGCGUCUGCUUCCACCUUGAAUAAUUUGAGUGCAUAUCUGCCUCGGACGUCAAAUGUUGGUGUAAAAUCAUCUAGAGGUUUUGGUGAGAAUUUUGGUGGUAUUGAUUCCGACACUGCAAGUGUCUGUAGUCAUGUGUGCCGUUCGUGUGGAACUCAGUUAAUGAAUACAUUAUCUGAUCUAAAUUCAAAGCCUCGCAAUGAUCUUUCUAUCCCAGAAGUUCCAAGUGAAGAAAGUAAUGAUGAUUGCUCGAUCAUGAAAGGAGUUCAAAAAGAGACCAUCUUGUCGACGCUCAGUCUCUCAACCUCAUCCGGCAAUCAUUCUUUGAAGUCUGCCAUUCAGAAGUUCGUGUGCAAGAAAAUGAAAUAUCCUACUAAGGAAUUGUCAGGCAUUUCUUUAAGGAAAAGUAAGCAUUCAGCGUCAUUCCUGCGCAUGUGUGCAACUCUGGCUAAUAGGGCCGGCAUAACCCGUCCUGCACUGCCGGCAAGCUUGUCAAGUGAUGGCAUUACAACACCUUGCUCGACAAGCGCCAACUUUGAUCUAGGUCCCUUGAAUCUGACUCCAAUUAAUUCAAACUUCUCUUCUAAUGGUGAACGUUCAUCUUGCAGUGUAGAUCAGAGGCAAAAGUCUACCCUGACACACCGUUACCAAAAAGCCACAUCUGAAUCUUCGUUUCAAAUAUUUUUAGGUCAAAAUGCUCUCUUGAAGGAUAGCGCUGAGUGCAUCGCCAGCAAAUCUACCGAUUCCGGUGCUGUAACUCGUGAAUCUUGUUCAACAAGAGGCACUAUGCCUCGACCAUGGACUUGCAGUAAUGUGGCUGAAAGGAAAGCAAUUGAAAAGUCCCUGCAGUCUGAGUCCUCUUUACUCUCCCAUUUGCAUGAUAGUCGUCUGCGGAAGCAUCAGGAAAUUGAAGAACUUGAAGCAGUUCAAACGGUUCACACCCAGAUCGACUACAUCCAUUGUCUUGUACCUGAUCUUCUUACUAUUACUGGAUGUAGCUUUUAUUGGGGGAAAAUGGAUCGUUACGAAGCAGAAACUUUACUGGAAAACCGCCCUGAAGGCACUUUUCUCUUGCGAGACUCCGCCCAAACUGACUACUUGUUUUCAGUGUCAUUUCGACGGUAUGGGAAGUCUCUCCAUGCCCGCAUUGAACAGGGCAGUCACAAGUUCAGCUUCGACUCCCAUGAUCCCGACGUGUUUGCAUCGGAUACAGUGUGUGGUCUAAUUCAGCAUUACAAAGAUCCUUCUUGCUGCAUGUUUUUCGAGCCCAUGCUCACGGUGCCUCUUUCUCGAACCUUCCCGUUCCCUCUACAGCAUUUGUGCCGUGCGACCAUUUGUUCCGCUACAACGUACGAUGGUAUCAAUAAGCUCAGACUGCCUAAAUUCCUUCGUAAUUACCUAAGAGAAUAUCACUACAAACAGUUGGUGAGGAUCCGUCGUUUUGAUCACUAGAUCGCGCUUUCGAUGCCCGCUUCCUCAUGUUUUCGUUAUGCUAAACCACUCCUGACUCACGGCAUUCACUUGCUGAAAUAUUCGUGCUUUAUUUUCGUUUUUUAACAUCCAUUACCAUUAUACCAGUUAUAUAUAUAUUGUUUGUUUUGUUUGCUAUGAAAUUCAUUUUAAGCGGGAAAUUUUAGUUAUAAGUGUUGUAGCUAUACGUUGUUUGGGUCAACUAUAAUGUUCGUGGAAAUUAUCAGGAUCUUUUUGAUCACAUUUUGGUUCGAUGCCAACGUACAAUAAAUCAACCAUUUUGGCAUCUAUGGAUGCGAGUUUACUCAUGUGCCAAGGAAUAUUUGGCAUGAUCUAUUACAUGAGAAAUUUUCGUACUCGUUUCUAUUUCGUUUUUCACUGUAUAUAUUGAUAUGUAUUUUUCAAUGAAUGAAAGGUACAAGAGCUGUAUGCACUAUGAACUUGCUGUUGAAUAAUUUAUUAUUCCUGCUAAAGCGAUUUUAAUGAGACGCAUUAUUAUUUUUGAACUUGAACUCCUUCAAUACCUCAAUGUUCUGCUUUCGAUUACCUAAUAAUGGUAUUGUAUCAUACUCGUUCUUUAUUUACCAACUCCCAGUAUAAUGUGUUGUGAAUUAA